AUGCGCACCUCGACCCUCGUCCCCUCGCUCGUCGCCCUCAUCGCGACGGCCCCUUCCGCCCUCGCCUCGCUCGCCACCCUGCGCGGCACCAUCCCCGGCUCGCUCCACCAGUGCGAGUCGACGAACGUCUUCUUCUUCGACAGCGCCGCCGCCCGUCCCCUCACGCUCGUCCUCCUCCCGGCCGCCGUCGACCCGGCCGCCGCCACCAUCACGCUCGCCGAGGUCCUCGCCCUUGGCCCGCUGCAAGUGGUCGACGGCAUCACGACGCCCGAUGCCCAGCAGACCAACUUUGUCCUCGCCGUCGCUGAGGAGCAGUCGUUCGUCACGUACGGCUUCCUCCCUGAUGGUACGGGCAAGAACCUGAACCUGCCUCGUGUCGUCAAGGCGCCGCUUCCCGGCGCCGCCGCCUGCAACCCGGCGACCGCGGCGAGCGCCGCGGCGGCGAUCGCUCCUGCGGCCCCAGUCGCGACCACGCCCGAGCCCGUCACGACGACCAAGAAGGCCCGCACGACUACCACAGCCGCCAGCACGCCCGACGUUGUCGCCGCCGCCAUCACGACCACGUCUGCUGGCCCGGCCCGCUCCUCAGCCGCCGAGGCGUCGUCCUCGUCCACCGAGGACACGUCGUCGUCGUUGUCGACCGAAGCCUCGGCGUCGGCCGCCGCCGCCAACUCGGGCUCGACCUCGGGUGCUGCGGCUCGCGUUGGCGGCGUCGCGGGUCUCGUCGUCGGCGCCGUCGCAGCUUUCACCGCCGCGAUCGUUGUCUGA